GCUGCGCCGCUCGUGUUCCCGCAGCCCGCCGCGUGUGAUCGUGUGUGUGCAAAUGAUUCUGUUUUUAUGGCGCUCAUAUAUCAACUACUGCGAGUUUUGGUGCUGGGUGUGACCGCGGCGGCUGUCGACGAUGUCCCGAUAACAUGGUCACAGUCAGCCCGAAACGCGUCGCUGCCGUGCGUCGUCCCGGAAUGGACGCGCGUCCAGCCGCGACGACCGCCCCCGCCGCUCGAUGACGAACCGACGCGAGCCCGCCCGUUCACUUGGUACAGAGUUACUGACACGCGGGAAGAGGUCGGACCGAAGCGGAUCUCUCACAACGGCACGCUAGAAGUGAUCCGCAAGAAUGGAGGAACGAGCGAGGGCGUAUACCAGUGCGCCGCCUCGCAUCACGGAGGCCAGGUUCUUGGCUACCCCAUCAACCUCAAAUUUUCAUAUAUCGGCAAGCAGUUUUUGAAGCCGCCCAGCGACACGAUAGCGUAUUUGAACCAGCCCCUGUCUAUACCCUGCCGCAUCAGCUCGGGUCCCGCUGCAACUAUAUCCUGGUUGAGAGAUGGAAAGCCGCUGCCACAGUAUUUUAGGUAUCACAUUUUGGAGAGUGAGUUGCUUAUCACGGAUGUACAAAACGAAGAUGCUGGAGUUUACAGAUGCAUAGCAGCUAAUCCCUACGUAAACAAGAGCCGGAACAGCGCCGAGGGUCGAGUGAGGGUCCAAGAGUCGAUAGAUGAGGAGCCGUCGUUCCUGCCAGUUCGGGUUGAGGACAAUAUUGCGGUACCCGGGGGAAGCAGAGUUGUCCUUACUUGCCCUGUGUCAGGCUGGCCAAGACCUAAGCUAAGAUGGGAGCUAACACCGCCAGGCCAGAAGACGAGCGAGCUGGAGUCAACGGAUGAAGUCCUGGUACUAAACAAACUGGAGUACGACCAAGAGGGCGUCUACACUUGCUCCCUUGAAGACUACCUCGACAUGGUUAAGACGUUCAACGUAACUCUGGCAGAACCAGUGGUGAUAACUCUACCGCCCAUGUCAAAAGAUGUGACACGUGCCAGCACAGUGCGGUUCAACUGCACAGCGGCUGGCAAACCCGAGCCCAACGUGACCUGGUACAAGAACGGGGAAAAGCUCACAUUGGCUGGACGGAGAAAUCUACGCAGUUCAGUAGAUCGCAAACGUUUGGAGCUGGUGAUAAGUGGAGUUACAUCGGAUGAUGCAGGUGUAUACCAGUGCUUCGCGUGGAAUGGGAUCUCGAUGACGUCACGGUGGGCGCGGCUGAACGUUACGGGCGCGGGGGCGGACGCGCCGCGUGCGGUUGCGUGUGCGCCCGCCGGCGCCGCAGCCGUGUCCUUACGUUGGCUGCCGCCCGCAGAGAAGGUCAUCGCCUACACCGUGGACAUCACACCCACUGAUAAACAUGGCGGCGUGAUCACAGGACAACCUCACAUCAACACAGAGGAGAUAAUAAAAGUCCGGGAGCCGCUGGAACCCUAUCUUUUUCAAGUGCGGGCGUACAUACCAGCCACAACUAAGAAGAACAUAGCAAGCGAUAUGUCAGAAAGUGUGUUGUGCCAAGGACAAGGGGUGCCAAUAAAACUGUCGAAGUUGGAGGACGACCAGAUCCUAGUAUCGUGGAAGCAGUUCGCAGACCAAACUCCUGGCGUUGUGCAGUGGAUCCUGCAGUACAAACCUGAUGAUGGACACCAGACAACUCCAGAACACAACAUCACGUUGGCAGCUCACGUUACUAACUAUACUUUGAUGGCUCCUGAAUCAGACCCCUUGCUGGUAAGGCUCUUGGGAUCCAGGACUCUCGAGUGGCUCCACCAGAAUCUGACGCUGGUGCCGUGGACGUCCACUUCCGCUGCUGGACAGGAUACCGACGAUGGAGAGGUGAAAGUGAUCCCUCAAGACUUAGAGGUGACUGAGGUGGCUGAAAGAAGUUUCACAUUGCGCUGGCGGUGUGAGGACGCUACUAGGUACACCUUCCUAAUCUGCGUAAGGAGAGUGGAUGGGAACGACGAUUGUCAAGAAAGUUACGAUACCAGUGCAAAAAUAGAAGGGCUGCAACCAGAUAGCAAAUACGAGGUUCGAGUGCAAGUUCGGGUACCUGGCCGGACUCUUGGAGGAGCAUUCACUGCUCCUUAUUAUGUCACUACACUAUCUAAAGGACCCCAUCGUUUCAAAGACCUCAAGUACAAAUACGUCAACUCGAGUACUAUUCGUGUUUCGUGGAGCGAUGCGCCUGCCCGGUACACUGUGUACCAAAGCAAUGAGCUCAAGCUGCCCGUAGAGCAAUGGGCUGCAUUGGAGAUUGUGGGGAACACUGUACUUAUCACCGGUAUUGAACCGACAGAGGAGACAUUUGUAAUGGUGACGGGAUACGAUCCUUUGGGACACAGCCCGAUACUCAACGUACCACCGCAAGUCAGGAAUUUAGAGGACAAAGAUCUAAAGUAUGCCUACACGAGUUCAGGAGUGUCUGUUUGGUGGAAUGGCACUGGUCCCAGAGUGGUGCGGUUUACGCAGAACAUUACUCAGCCUGUCGAGAACUGGUCAACUGUCAACGUCACUGGCACCAAUAUUGAGUUGAGCAACUUAAGCACGGGCCCGGUCUUCGUGAUGGUGACGGCUGCUGGGAGCGAGAGGCGGCGAUACCCCACCGCGCUUACAAUACCUGAGAGGCCACCCGACCACUAUUAUUACUACUUAGGUAUAGGAGUUGGAUGCGGUGCAUGUGCGUUAUGUGCGUUUGCGGGCGGCGCGCUGUGUCUAUGGCGGCGUGCGAAAGCCAAACGCACACCGCAACGGUCCCGCAGAACGCACACGACUGCGAGGGGAGGGAUUGAAGAGGAGGGCUCCGAAAUGAGGAUGGCGCGCGUGGCCAAUGGUGGCGCCGGCGAACCGCUGCUCAAUGGACACGUGCAUAUCACAGAAAACCCAGCCACGAAAACGCCCAAUGGGAGGUUGAAAAAAGCUCGAAGAUACGAACCGCCGCAUUUCGAGGCGUUCGACGUGUCACGACACGAGCCCGACACGACCGUCGAAACCGUCCUCGACGACACCACCGCCUUCAGUUUCCUCGACACUUCCCGCCCACCGGAGUUCGACCUCUCAAGGCCACCCAAGGACCUCAGCGCUAACAACUCCUUCAACAAACUCCCCGACGAUAACAUGAACUCAGAGUUAACAAGAAGUACCGAAUUCCAACUCGACAACAGCAAAAUUCAGCCCACGCUUCAGCCUAACGGUUGAAAUGCAGUUAGCUGCACGUUUCAUAGAACUACAAGGGGAUCAGGUGGGCCCCCCGGGUUGCGAACCCAAAACCACGUAGUUAAGGCAGAAUAGAAUGAGAUUUUAUGUACAGAACUUCAUUAAUAGAUAGUUAGUUGGAGACACGGGGUUGAGGCUUGAUCGGUUUGCGCGAGGAUAGCUUGGCGUGUAUUUGUUCCUAAUAGACUUUAUUUUCAACGACGUAAGGCUGAUUUUUCGGUAAACAUACAGUACGGGUACCUUGUAAUUUAGCUGUCAAAAAAAAUAUCGACGCGCACGUAAAGUUAUUCUCGCUUAAACUAUUACGCAAUAGGAAUAAAGUCCAUUUUUAAAGAUCAUCUUUUCGAUUGUUGUUCAGAUAAUGUAAAUACAACAUUUUACUGCCUUUUAAGGCGUGUAUAUAGCGUUGAUCGGCCUGAGAUUAUAAGCAUCGAGACAAUAAGGUAUGAGAAAAAAAGAAAAAUAUGGCGCGAUAAUAUUAAUAAAAACUCGAAAUAUUUUGUUACGCCUUGAAGUAGUCGAAAUGAGACGACGUUCGUAUAUUAUUAUAAUAAAUAAUUAUAGGUUCAAUAAUAGUGCCUGCGUAUAGUAUACACCAAAACACCUAAUACAAAAUAAUAAUAGUUCACCCUUAGUGCAACAUGAGCGUACAAAAUAUAGACCAAAAUGAUAUCCAAACAGCCCUUAUAUUACCUGAGUACAUAUUAUGUAAAUAACGUGAAAGAAUAUGUUGAUGUUGAAAAAAGUAUUUAUUUCUCAUUUUUUAUUUCAUAGACAGUUCUUAGACAAGCCUUAGAAGCUAUCAGUUACCUUCAUA